AUGGAUCGUACUUGGAUGUACGAUAGAGUAUAUUCCAAUAGACACGGAUUGAAAGAAGAGUAUGUUCGCGGGGUUAAAGACUUCGUAAAGAGGGCUUUGAAACAACCUAUUUGUAAAUCUGAGGGAGGGAUAAGGUGUCCGUGUAUAAAUUGCAAGUGUCUCAAGAUAAGAACACCAACUAAUGUUAGACUUCACUUGUAUCGAGAUGGAUUUCAACCAGACUAUUGGAUUUGGACUCAACAUGGAGAAGUAGAGCUCAAUGUUAAUACAAGGAAUGAUUCAAAUAGUAGUGAGCAUGUGCAUCAUGAUGACCAAAUUGAGGCAAUGAAUCAGAUGGUGUAUGAUGCUUUUAGGCCUUAUGGAGUAUUCUCUCACGUGAAUGAUAACAUAGAAGUUGAGGAAUAUACGGAGGAUGAGUUUCCCAACGAAGAUGCCAAACGAUUUUAUGACAAGUUGAUAUCUUUCAACAAGCCCAUUUAUGAGGGAGCUACCCAAUCAAUAUUAUCAAUAUCUACUCAACUUCUUGAAAUUAGGUCUAAUUGGCAUGUACCACAAAAAGGUUUAGAUUUUGUUGCACAAAUGCUUAAAAGUGUAUGUCUAGUUCAAAAAUGCUUGCCCGAGAACUAUUACCAAGCAACACAGUUGGUAUCUAAGUUAGGGCUAAAGGUUGAGAAGAUUGAUUGUUGUAAGAAUGGUUGUAUGUUAUAUUACAAGGAUGAUAGCAAUCUAUCAGAGUGCAAAUUUUGUAAUGCUCCUAGGUUCAUUCCUCGCAAGACUGGCAUGGAAAAGUACAAAGAUAUCCCAGUGAAGAGAAUGUUCUACUUCCCAAUCAUUCCCAGAUUACAAAGAUUGUAUGCAUCAACUGAGUCGGCAAGUGAAAUGAGAUGGCAUCACAUGAACAAAAAUAGUUCCAACAUCCUUCGCCACCCGUCAGAUGGAAAAGCAUGGAAACAUUUUGAUAGUGUAUAUCCUGACUUUUCUAGGGAACCCAGAAAUGUAAGGUUGGGUCUGUGUUCAGAUGGUUUUACUCCUUACAUUCAAGCGUCUGCUUCUCCAUACUCAUGUUGGCCAAUAAUAGUUACUCCGUAUAAUCUCCCCCCUGAAAUGUGCAUGACCAAACCAUACUUGUUUUUGGCAUGCCUCAUACCCGGACCUAAAAACCCUAAAUUAAAGAUAGAUGUCUACUUGCAACCAUUGAUUGAUGAUCUACAACGAUUGUGGUCCAAUGGAAUAUUGACCUAUGAUAUAUCUACAAAACAAAACUUCAUCAUGAAAGCCUGCUUGAUGUGGACAAUUAAUGAUUUUCCAGCCUAUGGUAUGUUAUCUGGAUGGGGAACACAAGGUAAAUUGGCAUGCCCUCAUUGUAUGGAACACACUGAUGCUUUCACCUUGAAAAGUGGCCAUAAGAAUUCCUGGUUUGACUGUCAUCGUCGUUUCUUGCCAUCUAAUCACUCCUUCAGAAGGAGUAAAAGAAGUUUCCUAAAAAAUAGGGUUGUGACCAAUGAGCCACCUCCCAUUUCCACAGGGAAAGAUAUAUGGGCGGUAAUAAGUAAUUUUCCAAAAGUUACUGAAAUUGGAUGGGAGGCGAAAUGGAAAGAAUUCGAAGGGUAUGGAGUGGAUCACAAUUGGAAAAAGCGAAGUAUUUUUUGGAUCUCCCAUAUUGGAAGGAUAACUUGUUAA